CCGUCCAUCCAUCUCUAUUUGUCUGUCUCUGUCUAUCUGUCUGUCUGUCUAUAAGCAGGAAUUAUGUCUCAAGUUGUAGGAAAUCCACUUUCAAAAGGUCAUGAUGUUUCCAACUAAUCAUGAUCAAAGUAAUGAUUAUAAUUUUUCCAUAACUGAUCAGCACUAGUACACAUGAAGCAUGCUGUAGCAACAGUACUGGUAUGAUAAUGUGUUAUUGUGAACUGAUCUCAGAGGUGCAGACAGGAGGCGCCAGAGUCCAGCAAACGCCUGCAGGAUGUGGCCAGACUUACAGAGAGAGGAGAAAUAAGAGAUUCAGAUCAUCAGGCGUAAGACAUGGCGCUGAGAGCCGCUCUGCUGAAGAGUAUCUGGUACGCCUUCACGUCCCUGGACACCGAAGACAGCGGCAAAGUGUCUAAAUCACAGCUCAAGGUUUUGUCUCAUAACCUCCACAGUGUUUUGAGGAUUCCUCACGACCCUGCGGCCCUCGAGAGACACUUCAGCGAUGAUGAUGACGGUCCCGUAUCCAGUCAGGGGUACAUGCCUUACCUGAACCAGUUCAUACUGGACAAGGUGAUUGAGGGGACGUUUGUUAAAGAGGAAGUUGACGAGCUGUGCUGGACUCUCUGUUCCAAGAAAAACUACCGUCCCGACACACACCGGGUUCUGUCCAAUCAGGAUGCUCUGCGGCUCUGGUGUCUCUUCAACUUCCUGGCGGACGACAGAUAUCCUCUCACACUCGUACCAGAGGAGGUGGAGUAUCUCCUGAGGAAGAUCAGCAGUGUGAUGCCGGUGGAGCUGAGCUGUGUGGAGCUGGAGCUGGAGGAGCUGAGCGUCUGGAGCUUCCUGGACGAGGUGAACACGGCGGGGCGAGCGCUGGACGGAGAGAGCAUCAGCGCUGCUGUGGAGAAGGUGUACAGAGAGAUGGUGGGGAACGUGCUGAAGGAGGGCUAUCUGUGGAAGAAGGGUCACCUGCGCAGGAACUGGACGGAGCGCUGGUUCUGUCUGAAGCCCGGCUCACUCUCGUACUUCAUCAGCGAGGACUGCAGGGACUGUAAGGGUGUGAUCGAGGUGGAGAAGAGCUGCUGCGUGGAGGCGCUGCCCGACCGAGACGGGAAGAGAUGCGUGUUCUGUGUCAAGACGCUCCACAAAACCUUGGAGAUCAGCGCGCCGGACUCCCGACAGAGACAGGAGUGGAUCACCGCGCUCCAGACGUCUCUGCGUCUCUCCGCUGACGGCCGGGUCUCGCUGCACGAGGAGCUGAAGGAGCGACGGAGGGAGCUGCGAGAGGAGCGAGGGAGGAGGCGUGCGCUGCGGGUGGAGGAGACACGGAGGCUGACGGAGCUGCAGGGGGAGCGUGAGGAGCAGCUGGUGGAGCUGGAGCUCCUGAAGGAGGCGCAGACACAGGCCCAGACCUCCCUGCAGCAGAGGAGCCACAGCCAGCACCAGGAGCUGCAGAACACCCUGCAGAGACAACUACAGGAGACACAGCAGGCGCGUGCGAAUCUUCGUGCCGAGGUGGCGGUUCGUGAUCAGGAGGCCGAGCACCAGCAGCGGAGAAUCAGAGAGCUGGAAGAUCUUCAUCACAGACUACAGGAAGCUCUCGAGCAACAGAUCAGAGCGAGACAGGAAGAAGAGACCUACAGAUACACACAGAGCAGACUGCUGGCGGAGGAGGAGGAGAAGGUGAAGUCGCUGCUGGAGCUGCAGGAGGACCAGGAGGAGCAGCUCCAGCAGACCCAGCGGGAGAAGCAGGAGCUCCUGCAGGAGAUGGAGAAGAAGUCACAUGCUCUGGACGAAGCCCAGCACCAACUGGACAGAGUGCGGGCCAGCCGACGCAGAGUGGAUGAGGACAUCGUGGCCGCCCAGUGUAAGCUCCAGCAGGCCAGUACCAGCGUUAAACACUGGAACGUGGAGAUGAACCGCCUGAUGCACCCCAUCGGCCCUGGAGAAAGGAGAGCAUCCUCUAGUAAUCUUCUGGCACCUCUAGUCCGUGUCCCAUCGGUCAGCGAGACUGAAUCCAGACCUCCAGCGAGACCCGCGAGAGAGAAACAGAACAGCCUUGAUUGUGACGACAACAGCGACUGCGAUAAUAUGGACUGUGAGAACAAAGAGCCAACUGAUGCCGAGGCUGAAUAAACCUGACAGAAAUGUCA